GAGGACAUGGGUAGCCGAGCGCCGAGGUUGCCCAUUGAGGGACUUCGGCCCGGAGACGAGAAAGGGGUCGGGGUGGCGGCGGCUGGGCUGAGAGGACGACCGACAUGUGGCUGCUCGGUAGCGGGCUCCCCUGCGCUGCCUUCGCCCCGAGGAGCCUCACGAGGCUGGUAGCGGAGGGCAAACCGCUGUUUGGAAACCAGUUGAAAAUGUCGAGUUCGAAUUCGCUGCCAGAAGCCCAGAUGGGACAUUUUCAAGAGGGCCCUGAUUUGAAGGAUUUCAUAUCUGGGGAACUUUCGGACAAAACCAAGUGGGCAGAAUAUAAAGGCCAUUUAAAGCGUCAAAAAGGAGAAAGGUUACGGCUUCCUCCUUGGUUGAAAACUGAGAUCCCCAUUGGAAAAAAUUAUAAUAAGCUGAAGAACACAUUGCGCAAUUUAAAUCUACAUACGGUGUGCGAGGAGGCCAGGUGUCCAAACAUUGGAGAAUGCUGGGGGGGAGGAGAAUACGCUACUGCUACAGCCACUAUCAUGCUCAUGGGGGACACGUGUACGAGAGGCUGUCGCUUCUGCUCGGUGAAGACGUCAAGGAAUCCUCCUCCGUUGGACCCCGAAGAACCCUGUAACACUGCAAAAGCAAUUGCUGAAUGGGGACUGGAUUAUGUUGUCUUGACCUCUGUAGACAGGGAUGGUGAGUUGUACUUCUUGUACCACCAGUGGUCCCUAGCCCACUGGUGGGCGACCACUGAGGCAGAGGACCGGUUGCCGGCAUUUUUGAAGCCCACCCAUGUUUACACAGUUUUCUCGCUUUGCAGGAAUCCCAACAUUCUGGUGGAAUGCUUAACGCCCGACUUCCGAGGGGACCUCGAAGCGGUGGAGACAGUGGCUUUGUCUGGAUUGGACGUCUAUGCCCACAACGUGGAGACGGUCCCCGAAUUGCAGAGCAAAGUUCGGGAUCCGCGGGCCAAUUUCGAGCAAUCCAUCCGCGUUUUGAAGCGCGCCAAGGAAGUUCAGCCGGAGGUGAUUUCUAAAACGUCAAUCAUGCUCGGCCUGGGCGAGACCGACGAACAGCUGCACGCCACCCUGAAAAGAUUACGUGAAGCUGAUGUGGAUUGCUUGACCCUGGGACAGUAUAUGCAGCCAACAAAACGGCAUCUGAAGGUGGAAGAAUACGUUACUCCAGAGAAAUUUAAAUACUGGGAGAAAGUUGGAAACGACCUCGGAUUUCAUUACACGGCUAGCGGGCCUCUUGUGCGUUCUUCUUACAAAGCAGGUGAAUUUUUCUUGAAAAACUUAAUCCAUAAGAGAAAGAAGAACGACAUCUGAUGCGUCCAAGACUGAAAAGAAGAAUCGCACUCUUUCCCUUGUGUUCCCGAUGGCAAUAUCACAGAUCAACCCAAUUAAAACAACCUGGAAGCCUUCAUUGCUUCAUUAAAAAAAAAAAGAAUACAAAAUAUUUUAUUUGUUCCUGGACCCCAACAUGUUCUCAUAUUGUACAAAUAAAAAAAAAUAUCAGUCAUUAUCCAGUAAGUGGUGUUCAAACAUAUCAAGAAAAACAGAAGUAGAAUGAGACACACACACACAUUAAGGAAUCAAAAGAUGGACAUGCAUUUUCCCCCUCUUUCUUCAAUAAUCACUGCUUGCUCCGUUAGUCCCGUUAUAUUGCUAACCUGUCUUUUCAACGAGAAUCGUAGGAAUAAGAAAUUCUCUGUCAUUAUCACUGUUUGCAUAAAACACAAUAAACGGCUUUUGUCAUUGGUCAUAAAUAGGAUUAAAAGCAUCUGUACCGUAAAUGAUAUUCCUGAUUAAAAUGUUGGAUUGGAGCUCAGCUACAAUAUUAUCUUUCCCUCCUCAACUAACAAGAUCCGCUUUAUAAAAGGUAUGAAUGAGGC